GUCACGCGUGACGAGCUUCGCGCCGCCUUCGAGGCGGCGGAGCCGUCGCUGCAGGGCCUGCUCGAGCGGGUCGCGGCGCGAGUGCGCACGUUUGCAGAGGCGCAGCGGGCCAGCAUCACGACGGUGAGCACGGAGAUCGAGGGUGGCGCGGCGGGUCAGCAGGUCGUCCCCGUGAGCAGCGCGGGUUGCUACGCGCCCGGAGGCCGCUACCCGCUCCCCUCGUCCGUCAUCAUGACGGCCGUGACUGCGCGCGCGGCCGGUGUCGGGCGAGUCGUGGUCGCCUCGCCGCGCCCGUCGCCGGUGACGCUCGCCGCGGCGUACGUGGCGGGCGCCGACCUGCUCCUCGCCGUCGGCGGCGCGCACGCCGUCGCAGCCCUCGCCUACGGCCUCGGCGACGCGCUCGCCCCCGUCGACCUCAUCUGCGGGCCGGGCAACAAGUGGGUGACGGCCGCAAAGUCAAUCGUCUCUGGCUUCUGCGGGAUCGACAUGCUGGCUGGGCCGUCGGAGGUGCUCGUGAUCGCGGACGCGUCCGCCGACCCGCAGGUGGUCGCCGCGGACUUGCUCGCGCAGGCGGAGCACGACGUGGAGGCGCGUCCGAUCCUCGUGACGCCCGACGCGGCCGUCAUCGCCUCUGUCAACCGCGCGCUGCAGUCGCAGCUGGAGACGCUGACGACGAGCGAGGUUGCCAUCCCAGCGGUGCAGAAGGGGUUCGCCGUGCUGGUGGGCGACAUCGCCGAGGCAGUCCGCGUCUCGGACCGCAUCGCGCCCGAGCACCUCGAGAUCCAGACCGCCGACGCGCAGGCGGUCGGAGAGAGCUGCGCAAACUACGGCGGGCUCUUCAUCGGCGCGCACGCGGCGGAGGUGCUCGGCGACUACGGCGCCGGCCCCAACCACGUGCUGCCGACGGCGGGCACCGGAAAGUACACGGGCGGCCUCUCCGUCCACACCUUUCUGAGGCAGCGCACCUGGAUGCGGAUCGACGACCUUGUGGCGGCGCAGCGGCAGGUGGAGGACUCGGUGGCGCUGGCGAGGCUCGAGGGGCUCGAGGGGCACGCGCGCGCUGCGGAGCGGCGGCUG